ACUGGAGCACGACCGCACUCUCUGGACAAUACAAUAGGAACACCUGCAUUAAUACAAAACCUAACACAAGAGCUUUCAUUUCUGUCAAUGGGUGACAACUAUUCAACUAUUGAUUAUUUUUAAGAAAAGGUUCUAAAUGAUUUGUGAUGUCACAUUAAAUGCUUAUACAAGGUUGUUGGUUAAACAAACGCUGAAACAGCCUAAACCAACAAAACCUGUGACACAAAAUCCGGAAUCUCCAGUCAGAAAAAAAAUCCCCUCCCUUAGCUCCCCCCUGCUGAGAGUAUUUGAGAUGCAUUAGGGGGCCUUUGUGAUGCGCAUUGUUUGCCUCUAAAGGUCUGUCAUCUGCAUAUUCAUUAGGAAGACUUCCAAAACAAAAGAAGGGGAAUUAAAGUAUUUAACAACCCUUCAAUUAAAGGGGUGGCUGUUCACAUGCAUUAGGAUAAAUACUAAAGUAGAGAAGAACAUUAAGAGCUUAAACUAUACAAUGACUUUAAAACAUGUAUACCUUGCGUAUAAAAAGUCGACACCCCCCCUGUUCAAAUAAAAUGAAACCACAAGUGUGCAAGUUUUGAACAGGGGUGUGUAGACUUUUUCCUACCCACUUCAAAGCUCCACAGUACCUGACACCAUCAACGCUUCGGAAGCGUCUGCCUCUCCCCCCCUCCCCACCAUCUCACUCCCUUCUUCACGUCUUCGUGUAGCAGAUGUGCACUUGACCGCAAACUCUUGCAGGAGCGCGCUCUCGACACAGCGCGCCUCUUCUGUCAACAUGCCAAGAAGCUCUGACGAAGCUGCACCGGCACCAUGCCAGCUUAUCAAAGCAGACGCUGGCAAGUGUAUCAGAGAGAAGGGCACGGUGGAGUGUCAAGACCUCCUCGACGCCUUCCAUGCCUGUGCAAAGACUCUGUCUGAGGGAUCGUGACAUCAGAAAGUGGAUUGAACCAUCUGGAAAAACUGGAGGGGAGGAGACACGUUUGUACAAGGGACUUGUCAAUGCCAACCGUGUUUUGUAAAGAUUUUAUUGUAUUUUAUUCUGGACUGUCAAUGCUGUCUUGUGUAAGCAUAUUUUGCAAAAAAUAAACUUGAAUAAUUUAAAGUACACACUCUAUUUUUGUUUUGUGUUCAUUGUGGAGUGUUAUUGGAGUCUCCAAAAUGCGUCCUGCCUUUUCCAGGUUCAAAUCUGAAGGUAUUCAAAGUUGCAUGGGUCCAUUUGUGAGAUUUAUGGACAAGAUGUGCAACACCUCAGCAUCGUCAUCUCCUAUUGGCCAUCUGUUUAUAGCCUGGAUGCGGGAGGGGGAGGGCGGGGCUGGAGAGGCGAGAAGAGAGGAUGGAGAAGGACCCGGAUGCUGAUGCGAGUGAUGCGAAGGAAGAGAGAGAGAAAAAUACCGAUUUACGGCAAGAAAAGCGAUGGGAGUGUAAUACAACGGGGCCUAUAAACGCUCCGACAAUUAUCAGCUAAAGAGGGAACCGGAGGUAGCGCUAAACGGGAGAUACUUGUGUCGCUUUUCUUUUUUUUUUUGCAGCCGCUUCGGAGAAGAUGCUGCUGUGAGAUCGGCUGCCUCCUCGCAGGGAUGUAGAGCUGAUCGCUGGGGAGGACAGGACAGGCGGGGAGAGGGGGGGGACUCCGAGACGACACCGGAAUGCAUAUUUUUUCGCCGGCUACGCGCCGCAUCCACCUGUCGAGAGAAUGAGUCGUCCGUUGAGGCAGUGUAACGAGCGUUUCUCGGAGUGCGACGAGUCGAGGCGCCGGGGCUUAUUUUGACAGGACGGCCGCUGGGUCAAGGCGCUGAAGCUAAAGCUACAAGCUAGCCUCGCUGCUGUGUGGGAGAGCGGCGGCGAGGCUACAUUUAGCAUGUCGGGGCACCUGUGAGGCCUGACAGAGAGAGAAAGAAGCAUAAAAUUCCAAAAACUGGAUCUAUGUUGGCCCACUUUCAAUGUAAUUUUUUUCCAAAUACUCGUCUUUGGAUCGGUGUGUGACAAGAUGUUAGUUGUGUAAAUAAGUGCUUGACUUCUGUCAUGUUUAUUCCUUUUCUUCAGCACUACUGAGCUUUUUCAUAAAUAAGUACAAAAAAAUUGACAAGGAAAUACUAACUUGUCAGGUUUAAAUGGAGGCUUUUACGGACUUCCCUCCCUAUUUGCUAAGUAUCUUCAAAUGCGAGUGCUGUGUAUGCCACAAUAACAUCUGGAUAAGCUGUAGAAUAUUUCAGUAAUUGCAAUAAUUGCCGUACGUGUAGUCUAGCGUUCCUCAAGUAAGAGCAGUAUGAGUAAAGAACUGUCUUUGAGUCAGUCCGCUCAAUAUGUCGGACCCUAUCGGCUGGAAAAAACACUGGGCAAGGGACAGACGGGUCUGGUCAAGCUCGGCGUCCACUGCAUCACCGGUCAGAAGGUGGCCGUCAAAAUCGUCAACAGGGAGAAGCUGUCCGAGUCGGUUUUAAUGAAGGUUGAGAGGGAGAUCGCCAUCCUGAAACUGAUCGAGCAUCCGCAUGUGUUGAAACUGCACGAUGUAUACGAGAAUAACAAGUACCUAUACCUGGUCCUGGAACACGUGUCAGGAGGAGAGCUCUUUGACUACCUGGUGAAGAAAGGCCGUCUGACUCCCAAAGAAGCCAGGAAGUUCUUCAGGCAGAUCAUUUCGGCUUUGGAUUUCUGCCACAGUCACUCCAUCUGCCACAGAGACCUAAAGCCUGAGAACCUGCUGCUGGAUGAGAAGAACAACAUCCGCAUCGCUGACUUUGGUAUGGCUUCACUCCAGGUUGGAGACAGUCUGUUGGAGACCAGCUGCGGAUCACCGCAUUAUGCGUGCCCCGAAGUCAUACGGGGGGAGAAGUAUGAUGGAAGGAGAGCAGAUGUGUGGAGCUGCGGGGUCAUUCUUUUUGCUCUGCUGGUGGGCGCCCUGCCCUUCGACCACGACAAUUUACGCCAGCUCCUGGAAAAAGUGAAGAGCGGCGUCUUCCACAUGCCGCACUUCAUCCCACCGGACUGCCAGUCCCUGCUCAAGGGCAUGAUCGAGGUCAACCCUGAAAAGCGUCUCACGCUGGAGACCAUUCAGAAACACGCCUGGUAUCUGGGUGGGCGCAACGAGCCUUGUCCAGAGCAGCCUCCACCUCGACGAGUGUGCGUAGGGCAAAUCUUAUCGCUGACUGAGCUGGACCCGGAUGUGUUGGACAGCAUGCAUUCACUCGGCUGUUUCAGAGACCGCGUCAAGCUCACGCGAGAUUUGCAAUGUGAAGAAGAAAACCAGGAAAAGAUGAUUUACUACCUGCUGUUGGACAGGAAAGAGCGCUACCCCAGCUACGAGGACGAGGACUUGCCUCAGCGCAAUGACGCCGAUCCUCCUCGGAAGCGCGUGGACUCUCCCAUGCUGACGCGCCACGGUCGCUGCCGUCCAGAGAGGAAGAGCCUGGAGGUGCUGAGCGUCACGGAACAGGGCUCGCCCACACCUCCUCGCCGGGCUCUGGACGCCGCGCACAGCCAGAGGUCUCGCUCAGUGAGCGGAGCUUCCACCGGUCUCUCCUCCAGCCCCCUCAGCAGUCCCAGGUCCUAUCAAAGCCCCAUUUUCACUUUCAGCCAAUCAGAAGUCACCUCCGCUGCCGCUACCCCCCAAACAAAGGAGCCCAAACAGGGGAGCGCCACCACACCUCGCCCGGCACGGGCACACGACAGGCCCAAAGCUCCCCCCCAUCCAAAGAACCAGACCCUGCCCAGCAAGGGACCCGCCGAACGGCUUCACCUCCAGCCCAUCAAAUCCCUGCCUCUACACAACCCAUCCUCCCGCUCGCCAUCCCCCUCUCCGCUGCUCUCACCCGUUUCCCGUUUCCUCUUCCCUUCGUCCUCUGUCCUAAAGUCGGUGACUAAGAGCUUGUACCCAAACUCUGCCCACUCUGUGCCGCAGGUCACUCCCCAGGGCUCUCCGUUGCCCACGCCCUUGGGCACCCCUGUCCACCACCCUCACCACCCUUCCUCCACCCCGCCCUCCUCCUCCUCGUCCUCAUCCUCCUCGCGGGCAGAGGGAGGGGGCGGGGUGGGCUCCCUGUCGCUCACCCCGCCCUCUAGUCCCGGAGGGGGAAGCGGGAUCGCGGCCAGCAGCUCCGCCCAUUGGAGGACUCGCCUCAAUUCUUUUAAGAACAACUUGUUGGGCUCGCCGCGGUUCCAUCGUCGCAAACUGCAAGUCCCGACGUCAGAGGACAUGUCCAGUUUAACACCGGAAUCGAGCCCUGAGCUGGCAAAGAAGUCCUGGUUUGGGAACUUCAUCGGCCUGGAGAAAGAGGAGCAGAUCUUUGUGGUGAUCCGAGACAAACCUCUAAGUUCGGUCAAAGCCGACAUCGUCCACGCCUUCCUGUCUAUGCCGUCGCUCAGUCACAGCGUCAUCUCCCAGACAAGCUUCAGGGCCGAAUACAAGUCCUCCGGCGGCCCUUCCGUCUUCCAGAAGCCCGUCAAAUUCCAGGUGGAUAUUGCCUUCUCCGAGGGCGAGAGGGAGCGGGACAGGGAGAGGAGCGAGAGGGACGGAAGGAGGGAGACGGGAAUCUACAGCGUGACGUUCACCCUCAUAUCAGGUCCGAGUCGCAGGUUCAGACGAGUGGUGGAAACGAUUCAAGCCCAGCUUCUCAGCUCCCAUGAUCAACCCCUGGUGCAAGCCCUAUCUGAUCCCUUCCCAGAUGAGAAGAACGGCCGACCCCACAGGACCCCCACCCGCCAAAAUUCCAGGCGAUCAGAGGGUGGGGGCGACAGGUGCGAGUGGGGCGACCGAGCGGAUGGCGCAGGCAUCGGAGGCAGCGGCGGCGUUCUGCAGCGCAGAGGCUCGGCCAAGGAGAGAACCCGACUGCUGUCCACCAACGGAACCCAAUCGCAACCGUAGGUUAGAACGGGAAACGGCGCCGCGGGAUGCCGGAUCGACUUCCGCACUCUUUGACUUUAUCUUCAAGCAUCCCUCGCAAACCACGAGCUCCUCCCUCGACUUAAGUCGGAGUUGCUUUGAUAAUAGCAAGAAUUGAGCCUUCCCCCCCCACCAUCAUGCUUUUGUUUUUAACAAUUGUCUUGAUCCUUCGGAUGACCCGGAUUCCAACACCGGAGCGACGGAAUCGGUCUUUAAUGAAAACAUACCACGUGAAUGAGUAGUUUGGUAUCCCGCCAUAGAUACGGCUUCUCAAACUCAAACUAGGAAGUGCUAACGUGCAUGCCGGUUAGCAAAUCAGCCCGCUAGAAGACAAGACCCGAUAGCUCGUCUGCCAUAAGCAUUGUACUACAGCAUUCGAUACCAAAAAGAAUUAGGUGUGUUGUGACGGUUCUCCCGGUUAGACGGUGCGCGUUGGUGUCACUCUCAGGUGACGCGCGUCCACGAGUAGUCGAGCGACCGCUCGCUGGCGAAAGACAUCGUGUAUGUCAGUGGCAGAUUCAACCUGAAGCGUUCUCCUCCCUGAGGAGCUUCUCAGGAGGGCAGCGCCCUACCCUGACUCAAAGAAAACCAACCAAGUAAGCUAUGUAAGUGAAUGUGAAUUUUAUUUUUAUUUAUUUCCUUUGCGGACGUGCAGUGAUUGCAGCAAGGACAGCACACUCGCUGGGAAGAGGAAGCUGCUUUUUUUGGGGGGGGGGGGGGUAUUUAAUUUCUCUUCAGAGGCAAGAUGAACUAAUGCACUUGGACUCCUGUUACUCUGAGAUUUUUUUUUUUUUUAUUUCAACAGAAAUAGGAACAUUACUCUAUGGAGAGAGACGAGAGAGGAAAAAAAAAACACUAUGUGUGUAUAUGUCCAUGAACGUCCUCACAGCUGUUUUGCCCCACAUCGAAAAAGAACGACAUUCCCAACCUACGAAGCUUCAUAUCGAAGUCUCCUGUUUUCGUCCCAAAAUUUUCACAGCUCAUUCUGUCACAUCCUCGGUUGACCGGGACUUUGUCAAGGGCAAGUAAGCAAAUCGUCCCUCACACAGUCGGCUCGUAAUACUCAAGUACUCCAAUAGACUAGCAGAUGCUCUUCACCAGUCUUCCAUGCAGCACAAUAUGCAACUAAUGUGCAGGAUGUUGACCAACGGUUUCUGUUUGCAUAUUUAUUAACUUUGGUUUUACCGAUCCAUCACAUUGCACUUUGUAAAGGCAGUCCAAGGUUCAUCAUCUGAUAUUUAAUUCAUCACGCUUAUCGCCGGUUUGUGCGUUUGAUUGAACUUGACAGAUCAGAAGACGGCAACCAAUUUGUUCCAUCUUUUUGACCCCCCUCGUUGUCACUUUGACCCGGUUGUCUGCCCCUCACAUGUUGUGUAGCCCUCAUCAGCACGCGAGAAACUGUCAUUCGCCUCACCGUGUCCACUCGACUUUCUCUUCUAUACGCCGCCACGUUCACUGUCAUUGACCCCAACUGUGGCCAAGAUUGUAAACUAUUCUCCAUCCAUAAAGGGUCAGUAGAAUAAGGUGUCGAAAAAAAGAAAUGUCUGUAUCAUAAUUUAAAUAUAAAAAGUGCACUAUUAUAACUAUUGCCUGUGAUUAAAAAAAGAACAAUUAUGAUUGAAUCGAUGGUCAAAACAAAGAGAGAUCCACCUUAUUGUUAUGGUUACAAUAAUAAAUCCUAAAUCUGUG